CAGUUAACUCGUUGCCCCGCUUGUCGCGCGACUAACCGUGGCCAGCCAUUUUGAUUAGUAACAUGGCGUCUUCGGAGAUUAAUAUGGCGUCCUCGGACAUAAUAACUGAAGUAGAGAUUCAACCAGAUAUCCAAGAGGUUGAAAUAGAAACGAUACCGGUAGAAAUACCCUGUGAGACUGUGGAAACUACCAUCGAGGGAGAAGAUGGGCAACCGAUGAUAGCCCUUCAAACACUUCCAGAACCAGGACGUGAAGAAAUCAUACUACAGACGCAAGAGGAAAUCGUCGGCAGUGAUCCGCUAAGCGUAUAUGAUCAGAUCCCGGUUCCAGAGAACGAUAUUUAUGUCGAGUCCAGUCCUGGCCCAUCAAGGAAGGGUCCUAAAAAGGCUAGAAAAGGUGGUUCGUCGAAGUUCAGAACGUCCGAUCAUACGAUUUUUGGGGAGAUGGGCUCGGAAACGAAGGCUAGAAAGUGGGAGCAGAAGCAAGUGCAAAUCAAGACGCUUGAAGGUGAAUUCUCGGUGACGAUGUGGGCAUCGGGUACCGAUGAUGGGAGUGUCCUAUUAGCUCCUCACCUGGUGGAUGUUCCAGAUGAAGGCUCAAAUCCAGAGCCUGAUCCAGACUACACAGAAUAUAUGACUGGUAAAUCCAAUGCCAAAUUCAAUCAUUCUGGAAGCUCCAUUUCUGAUGGAAUGCCGGGUCUUGACCUUUCGGACCCAAAACAGUUGGCAGAAUUUGCUAGACCUGGUCACAAAUUGAAAGUACGCAAGCCUCCUGUUUUAGACGGCGUCGAACGCACUAUAGCGUGCCCGCAUAAAGGAUGCACAAAAAUGUUUAGAGAUAACAGUGCAAUGCGUAAACAUUUACACACUCAUGGACCAAGAGUGCAUGUAUGCGCAGAGUGUGGAAAAGCUUUUGUUGAAAGUUCAAAAUUAAAGAGGCACCAGUUGGUUCAUACUGGAGAAAAACCUUUCCAAUGUACAUUUGAGGGAUGUGGCAAAAGGUUUAGUCUUGACUUCAACCUUCGUACUCAUGUUAGAAUUCAUACUGGAGACAGACCUUAUGUUUGCCCAUUUGAUGGAUGCAGCAAAAAAUUUGCACAAUCAACGAAUUUAAAAUCACAUAUAUUAACACACGCAAAAGCUAAGUCACGUAAUGCGAUUGGAAGACAAGUACAACAAAUUCAACUUCAACAACCUCAGUUUGUUCAAGUUGAAGUUGCAGAUGUGGAUAAUCAACAGUUUAUUGUUUAUGCUGAUUAGCCCCCCUAAACAAUGAUCUCAUAUCCUAUUAAACUUAUUCUGGAGUAUCGUAAUCAUUAAUUAGUAACCUAAACAGUGUAAAUAUUUUCACGAUACAAGUGAUGCGGGCAGGACAUUACUAAAGCUGUUAGUUAUCUUAAGAGAAGAAAUUAAUCAAUUUAUACCUCUGUGCUUAGACGCAAAGUAAAUGGAUAUCACAAGCACUAUACUACGACAAAAAUAAAGUAAAACUACACGAAAGAAGGUAGUAUUAUAUCUUCGAAAACACAUGAAGUAGAAUGUUGCGCACUGCUCAAUCUUGUGUCUGAGUAACUAAACGAUACCUAGUGCGCUCUUAUAACUGUAUAUAUUUAUACGUAAAGUAAAAUAUUGUAUACAGUAUAUUUUGGAGAAAUUCUGAUGAGAAUAAACUACAAAAUACGUCUUUUCCGUCGGACUCAAUCGUACCAUUUUAAUAUACUUUUUACACUACAUAAUGGUAAUUGUUAAUAGUCAUUGGUGAAAGAAAAACCUGCGUCUAUUGUGUAUUAUACUUUAAUGUUUGCAAAA